UCUCUCGCACCGGCAGUAGGCGGUAUAGCAAAAGCGACGGAAAAAAAUGUGGAGUGAAUCCAGUCUCCUCCGAGGCUGGCGGAUAAGACCGAGGAGGCAGCCCGUGUGAUGCUGCUGCUGCCGCUGCUGUUGCUGCAACACCUCUGGAGGCGAUGCAGGAGACGCGGUGCAGCAGGCACUAAAGGAGGAAGGCGGUGUAGCCUAUAGGAGGAGAAGACCAGACAGACUACUACAACACCGCCUGAUGGGGAACCGCUGACUGACCAAGAGAAAGAGAGAGAGAAAGAGAGAGAGAGAGAGAGAGAGAGAGAGAGAGAGAGAGAGCGGGAGAGCAGAAACAGCCCAUGGUGGAUAAGCUAAGGAGAAGAAGGAGGGGAGACAAGCACGGGGAUUAGGUGAUUGAACCCGUGAUCGCCCAGUUUCAGCACCGCCGACGGAGACCCCCAGCCUCCAGUCGCUGUUUUGGGGGAAAAGCCGAAAACAUAUGGUGAUGGAUCUGCAUUCAGCUCUAAACAACAAAGUGAGCAGAAUUUCAGUCAUGGCGAGGCUUGUCCUUUCCAUCCUGCUCCUGUGUGGAUGCCAAAAUAGUCUCUGCCUGUCCUCCUCAGAGGCUCAGAAGGAGGCGGCCGCCAAUGACAACAGUACAGUUUUCACCAGGAUCCUAGAUGGGCUCCUUGAUGGUUAUGACAACAGGCUCCGGCCAGGGCUUGGAGAGAACGUCACAGAGAUCAAGACGAAUAUUUUUGUCACCAGCUUUGGCCCGGUGUCUGACACGGAGAUGGAAUAUACCAUCGACGUCUUCUUCCGUCAGAGCUGGAAGGACGAGCGUCUGUGCUUCAAAGGGCCCAUGGAGAUGCUGCCGUUAAACAACCUACUGGCCAGCAACAUCUGGACCCCCGAUACCUUCUUCCUUAAUGGCAAGAAGUCUAUUGCUCAUAACAUGACCACGCCCAACAAGCUGCUGAGGCUGCAGGAUGACGGCACUUUGCUUUACACUAUGAGACUGACCAUAUCAGCAGAAUGCCCCAUGCAGCUGGAGGAUUUCCCCAUGGACGCACACGCCUGCCCUCUCAAGUUUGGCAGCUAUGCCUAUCCGGUGUCAGAGGUGGUCUACACAUGGACUCAGGGAGCUGCUAAGUCUGUGGUGGUGGCAGAGGACGGCUCCAGACUCAACCAGUACCAUCUUAUUGGGCAUAAUGCCGGCACACAGAACAUACACACAAGCAGAGGACAGUACACAGUGAUGAUGGCCCACUUCUUACUGAAGAGGAAGAUUGGAUAUUUUGUCAUCCAGACGUAUAUGCCAUGUUUCAUGACUGUAAUCCUGUCCCAAGUGUCAUUUUGGCUAAACAGAGAAUCAGUUCCUGCAAGGACUGUCUUUGGGGUGACUACUGUGCUGACCAUGACCACCCUCAGCAUCAGUGCCAGGAACUCGCUCCCUAAAGUGGCGUACGCUACAGCCAUGGACUGGUUCAUCGCCGUCUGCUACGCUUUCGUCUUUUCUGCCCUCAUCGAGUUCGCCACGGUGAACUACUUCACCAAGAGGAGCUGGGCCUGGGAUGGCAAGAAGGCUCUGGAAGCACAGCACCCUAAGAAACGAGACCCCAUGGUGCUGUCCAAAAAGCCCAACAACGUUUGCUCGGCCGGUGUCAACUACACCCCCAACCUCACCAAGGACGUGUCCAUCUCCACCAUCUCCAACACAACGUCGGUGCAGCUCCGGGCCUCGGAGACCAAGAUGGUGGACCCCAAGAAGACCUACAACAGCGUCAGCAAGAUCGACAAGAUGUCGCGGAUAGUGUUUCCCGUCCUCUUUGGAACCUUCAACCUCGUCUACUGGGCCACGUAUCUUAACAGAGAACCGCUGGUGAAUGGAGCGGUCACGUCAACGUAAUCUCUUUUUUCUGAGACAGAGUAUGUGUAAGGGAUUCAAGUUUGAGAGCGGGCGGACUAAAAGAGAAAAGGGGACAAAAAUUAAAAAUUAAAAAACAAAAAACUGCGCUUGAAGAACAAAAACAAACUAUACUCAACUAUCUAAUUCAAGCACUUUGAGUGGAUGCAAGGCUGCAACAGAAUCCCUUUCCUGUUUUUCAUGGCCUAAAAAACUGCUUGAUCACAAAGAAACUGCUUCUAAGACGACGUCGACGAGAGAGCGAGUGCUCCGCUUCUUUCUCAUCUAUCCUGCUGCAGUUUGCAUGACGCUCUCCUCAAAAGAAACCAUGGACCCCUCUUUGUCUUGAAUACCGACCAUGUAUAUGUCAAUCACCGCUUAGAGUAUGGGAGAACACUUCAUCGAGGUUUUAAAUUAAACUAACGUAGGCGUUUUGAGCAAUUUUGCCUAAAUUUAAACAUAUUCUCAUCAUGGAGGCUUGGAAUGCACUGAGCUUAUGCUAUGGAAAAAAAAAACCCUGCAAUAUAACAUGCAUUUAAAUUAGAACAUUUAUUUUAAAAAAUGUACUUAAUUCCACACCGUGUGGAACAAACAGUCUCUCUUUUUAUUUUAUUUUUUUAUAAACCUUUGCCAUUUUGUUUCUCUCCUAUUGCAGCGGGUGCUUGUGUGUCUCUUUGUACAUCUUUACUUGAAGAUUCAAAGCCUUCUGCUGCAGGCCUGGUUUUGCCAAAAGCAUUGGCAGCUGGGGUCUCAGUGGAAAAACACUGAAAAAAAAUCGAAUGCUACCUGAAGGUGAACAUUUCUUUUAUUUGAAAUAUUAUCAUCACAGGGGUUCUUAAAUAAAAAAUAAAAAAAAGUCGACAGUUAGGGCAGCUUGCCAACAAGAAGAUCAGAAAAACUUAUUUGGCCCACUUACACUGGGUGACUGGACAGCUGUGGAUGGUGUGUUCAGGACACAUUUAGGAUUGGAUAUAUGUGCUUUAACUGACUUUUGAGCCCGGGUCACUCAGCUAGGAAACUAAUAUUCACAGUUGAGAGACGAGGGCUCGAAACGCAGACGGUGUCACAUACACAUCAGCUGAGUGAGAGUUUGGAAACUGUCAUUCAAUGAGAUGACCAGGAUGCAAACCCUUAUUUAGGCACACGUCCAUCUUGGGCUGCAACACUACCAGCUCCAGGGGUCGUGUCACAAAUGUCGACUUUGCGUAGAACAAACUAAUAGUCAGAUUUCACAUAAAACGUGUAAAUUAAACUGUUGCAUGAAGCUGCCUAAGUCUUUACAAUUACCCAGAAUUCAUGGCAAAUGUGUCCUUCUUAAGAAGACACUUAAGAAGGACACAUUUGCCAUGAAUUCUGGGUAAAUUAAGGGUCUUUUCAAACAAACAAAAACACACGAUUGACCAAUCUCCAUUUAAUAGAGCAGAGAUGUUAGUGACUUACAGGUCUAGCUGGUAAACUACUGCAGCUGGAGCGCUAACUGCUCACAGGCUAGCCAGCCGGGACAUGUUAGCGCUUGUCAGUCACAAUAACUGAGCUUCUUCCAUUUUCUUUAUCCUGCAAUGAUUAGAUUUUUUUUGCCAUUUUAAAUGAGGUGUGAUCAGACCUUUAAAGUACAAAAGAUUUGGGGAAAUAAGAGAAUCAUGUAAAUAAACGUAAUUUUCCACUUUGCUUUGACACAAAAAAAACAUGUUGAGAUUCUCACGUUUCAUUUUCAAGCUCUUGCAAGAAAAAAAAAAAGUUGACUUUCAAUUUCUGAAGAUGUUUUCAUCUGAUAUCUUUCUUAAUGUUCGUGUGCACAUGUGUAAGAUUCUUUUCUUCUCGUUGCUUGUAGAGGAGCUUACAUCUGAUCAAACUUGGCUUUUGAUCUUUGAAUCCGAUUUUUGUUGAUCGAUUUCUACAUUGACUUGAUUAAACCGGAAGCAAUGAGCACACGUUGUGGCAUUUUGGCUCGAGCCCACCAUAGCACAGCAUGUGCGACUUGUUGGACUAUGGUGAGACACACUCAGGAACAAAAGGACCCUUGCUCCCAGCAGAAGAGUUGCCUCAGAGUCACUGUUUCUUUAAUCUCGUGGAUUUCUAACAGUGCAGUCGGGAGCAUUGUCAAUGAAACAAUGGCUUGGUGAAAAAAAAAACACAUGAAUAAAGACGACAUCAGCUGCUACU